ACGCCCCCCCUCCCGACCGAAGUGGGCCGUGCUCGGAACGGCUAUCCCCGCACUGUGCCGUGCCGUGCCGUGCCGUGCCGCGCCGCUCUGCUCUGCGUGGCAGGGGCGGACAGACGUGCGUUGCCCUCGUACAAGAAUUUCCUCUAAAAUAAUCGAAGAAGCGCAGCGCCAUCCCACCCGCGGGGCUGUCACUCUGCCGCGUGCCACGGUGCGGGGUCCCCACCGCUCUGACAUGGCCACGUCCGGCAGCGAAAGGGUGCGGGCGUCGCGGAUGAAGGAAAUGGGAGCGACCUGGCCGGACUCCCGACAUCCUCCUCCUCCUCCUCCUCCUCCCCGGCCCCACCUCCCCGGCACCGCUUAACUGCGGCCGCGGGGCCGCCGCGUUCCCAUCCGUCCCCGUCCCGCCAUGCUGCGGCUGCUGCUGCUCUGCGGGGCCCUGGGCUGCGGGGCCGCGAGCGACGCAGCCCCACUCACCUUCACCAUGCUGCAGUGGACGCAGGUGUCCAAGGGCAACUCCAUCUUCUGGGGCAAUGCCACGCUGGGCGGGCGGCUCAGCCACCUCCUGGAGGACCACAAUGUCACCCAGGUGCUGCCGCUGGAGCCACCCGCGGCCUGGGCGCAGCAGCGGGACAUGGUGGCCAACUACCUGAGAUACUUCAGCGGCAUCGUGCAGGUCUUCAGCAAGGAGAGGCCCCUCAACUACACCCAGAGCCUGUGCUGCCGCCUGGGCUGCUGCCUGUUCCCCAACGGCACGGCCCGCAGCUUCUACGAGGUAUCCCUCAAUGGGACGGCCUUCCUCACCUUUCACGUCCCCACCGCCACCUGGGAGCUGCGCUGGCCGCGCAGGGACCCGGUGGCCACCUUCGCCCAGCAGGAGCUGAUGAAGUACUCUGAGACCACGCAUAACCUCCAGCACUUCCUCAACACCACCUGCGUGGACAUGCUGCGGGCUCAGAGCCCCCAGACAGGGAGGCAGAGAGGCCGCUCGCACGCCCCACUGGUACUGGGUCUGAUCCUCGGGGUCUCCGCAGUGGUGGGCAUGGCUGUGGGCAUCUUCUUGUGCACGGGAGGGAGCUGCUAGAGAGACCACAGCUGUCCUGCAUCACUCUGCGGACACAAGGGACGAACCCCACAUCACUCCAUGGGGCGGGCAGUGUGUCCCCAGCCGGGAUGGCCCCCCCGCCCUAGGGACGGUCCCCACAGCGCACUGAGGCUUAACAUGGAACCACGCUUGGCCUGGAUGCACGAAGUGUGGAGAGGGGUGAAAGCCAUAGAAGAAAGCCAAAAAGAGUGAAGAGGUCAGCGUUCAGACCGUGAUUCAUCGCCACUCUGGUGUGAAAAGGGAAUGAUGCCUGGACGACAGAUGUCACAUCUGGGAAAGGCCCCGUUGGUGGCCGUCCAUCUCCGUGCUGAACAGCCCUGCUUCAGCGCCUGGUGCAAUAAAGCCCUCUACCCCUCGA